AUGUCUUCAUCUCUAAUUGAUCCUGUACAAGAUGCGAUGAUUGAGCACAUUGAUGGAUCACUGUACACAGGCGGCCACUCCUCUUCGGAAAGGCGUACGUCCCCACGGCGAUGCGGGCGCUCCAUAAACUUCAAAACGACGUCCUCAGGCGGCGGUUUUGAUCAACCACCGUCAUCAGGCGGCGACCGCACCAAAGCAGCGGACAUCGUAGACCCCAGAGUUACUGGAGAGGCAGCAACUCCGCCGCCGAUGGAACAGGAACCGAGGGCACAAACUCCGCCCGCGACACCAAGGAAGGAGGCUCCACAGGGGAAAACACGACAGAGGCCACAUCCGGAACAGCAUCCACAGGGUCGGGCACUAGCGCAUAAUCCCCACUACGGACAUCUUUCCACAGGACCACCACAAGGCCUUGGCCCACAUCAUCAGCCGCACCAGCCACAACAGGAGGAUGGACCUCCCUCCCCCCCCCCACGGCGGGGAACCCCCGGCUGGAGAAGAAACAGUGGGAAACAUAGAGACACUGUCAUCGGCGGCAGCAGCAGGCACGUGAACCUUCCCCACCACCAUUAUAGUCGACACCGCCGCCCCAGGUACCACUUCACCGACAUUCGCAGACUCGUAACCGUCAAAUUCACCUUCAUCGGCCCAGCACAGCCGGGACAAACAACGGGGACGGAGAGACAGGAGCCGCAGGACAAGGCAGAGGGUCAGGCUCAGAAGACGAAGGGUCAGGCGCAGAAGACGGAGAGACAGGCACAGCAGAUGGAGAAGCUGAAGACGGAGAGGGAGCGUCCGGGAGAACAACAGCCACCAGGAACGCCACCAGCAGCAGCACAUCCAACAGAGGAUGGCACAGCCACCGGAGCACAAGCGUCAUGUGAAGAAACGAAAAAAAUUGAUCUGGGACGUAUGAAGGAUUACGCCGCUAAAUUAAAAGUCUCUGAAAAAAUUGAGCAGGUUGUUGCCGUUGAAGUUCACCGUGACCAAGGCCACGAAGAGUCACCGAAACGUAGCAAGGGCACAGUACAACCGGUGUGUGGGGAUCAUGGUAAAGAGAACAGUGAUAAGACAUGGUGGGAUCUUGUGGAACAUGAACAGAAUCGAGACGAGAUGCAAGAACACAAUGUACAAGAUGUUAAGAAACUUGAUGUGCUGCUUGAUUACUUUGAAAUAUUAAUAAAUCCAACGACCUUGUUGAAAGGUGGUACGAUGAUAUUGAUUGGUAAGCGAGCCCACAUCAAGGUUCUUAAUACUGAAAUGGAUGAUAAUGGUGAAUUAGAGAAAUUGUACAAAAAAGUGAACGUAGACCAAGGUAUGCGGAAGUAUUUCCUUGGAAAAUGUACACGGGUUUUAACCCAGGAUGACAACACGUCAUUAUUGGCAGAUGUAGAUAAGCAGGAAGUGUAG